CGCCGCUCGGUCAAUCUAGUAUUCAGGAUUACCUCCAAGCAUAUACUGAUCCGAAUCGACCAUCUGUGAACACCCUUUUAAUCACACGCACCCGCUAAUCUCGCCGAACGCUCCGGAGAGCCCGAGAAUGAUCGGCAGAUCGCACGCACCGGAGCUCCCACAACUACGUCUCGGUCACGAGGUCAUAUCCGUUCGAUAGUCGCCGUUCUUCGGGGGGAAGAGCACUCAUCUGCUCUGAGAGGCAAAACGAUGAGCACUCGACAGAAUGUUCAGGGCGUGCAGCCGGGGGGCAACAUGGCCAUGUCAAACUACCAACUAGGAGAGCCUUUGGGCAAAGGAGCUUCAGCUCAGGUGUAUAAGGCGCUCAAUUGGACGACAGGAGAGACCGUGGCCAUCAAGAAGAUUUCCGUUAGCGACAUACCGAAAGCCGAGCUUGGAGAUAUCAUGAGCGAGAUUGACCUGUUAAAGAACCUGAAUAACGAGAACAUCGUCAAGUACAAGGGAUUCUUCAAGACAAACGAAUACCUCCACAUCAUUCUCGAAUACUGCGAGAAUGGAUCGUUACAGUACAUUUUGAAGCGAUACGGAAAGUUUCCGGAAGAUCUAGUGGCCGUUUACAUCUCGCAGGUAUUACAGGGACUCAUCUACCUUCACUCGCAAGGAGUUAUACAUCGAGAUAUAAAAGGUGCAAACAUCCUCACCAACAAGGACGGGACGGUCAAAUUGGCCGAUUUUGGGGUGGCGACGAUGAUGCCAGGUUUAGCGGGCGGGAUGCUUGGCGAUGGGCUUGGGUCUGGAGCGGAUGAGUCUGUUGUAGGGAGUCCAUAUUGGAUGGCUCCUGAGGUGAUCGAGCAGAACGGAGCAACCACUGCUUCCGAUAUCUGGAGUGUCGGAUGCGUCGUUAUAGAGUUGUUAGAAGGUCAACCGCCUUAUCACACGCUCGAACCGAUGCAAGCGUUGUUUCGCAUUGUCCAGGACGACUCACCGCCCAUCCCGGAGGGUGCCUCGGGAAUGGUCAAAGACUUCAUGUAUCAGUGUUUCCAGAAGGAUCCCAAUUUACGUAUCACCGCGCAAAAGUUGGCAAAGCAUCCCUGGAUGAUGGCCUCUAAACGCCAGAUCGAGUCCUCUCGACCCCACAAUUCUUCUGAUCCGCCUCGUCAGGCCGAAGACUCACAACAGAAUUCAACGGCAACAAGAUCGUCAGAUAUAAGCCCCACUGCUUCGCGGACAGGCAAGAGAUCGAAGCUGGUCAUCACCAAGAGGAAACCAUCCGGCCAAAGCCAAACAUCCGUCUUGCAAGCUCACCCCCCUCGACCGUCUCAGGGCUUGACCAGUUCUCAGGAAUUGCACACACAAGAAGUCUCGGCCACAGGCAAAGCUAUCAGCGACAUGAAACGGCGACCAUUGACAACGGUAUAUGACGAUGCGAUUCAGCGCGUGCAAGAGUGGAACGAGGCUCUGCAAGCGGUGCCGAAGGCUUCUCCAAAAGUGUUGCGCCGUGUUCCCAAGGCGCAGCCGCACCUGGGGACCAGGAUCAUCGCUGCUGUUGAACCCAAAGGCAUGGUGGAGUCGUCGUCCGGGGAAUCCUUGGCAGCUCAUCUUGCCUCUGUCAGUCGAAAGCCUAAUGGAAUGUGGUCGAGACCGUUGGGUAACGCCGUAGAGACGGAAGAGCCGAAUGAAUUGAGCGACCAAGAGGGCAGCGUGUGGGAUGACGACUUUGCGGAAGCACCGGAUGUCAAGAGAUUUGAGAAGACACGAGCAGAAAAGAGCUCCCGAGACGAGCCCGACAACAUGAAGACCAUCAAGCCGACCAAGUCACCCCUAGGAUCCCCUCCAGAAGUCACACGUACCAUCUCGUCUAUCGGUCGUUUCGGUACAGGGUCGCCGAGUCUAUAUAAGGAUGACAGUUCCGAAGACUAUUCCGACCUUGCGCCGGCAGACGAGUCCGAUCUGAAUGAGAAGCUCCAACGAUUCAAACUGAACGGUCUACAAAUGGGCAAGAUCUACAGGCCCGAGGACAUAUCGAUGUUGAGCUUGCGCGGAACGCCAGGGCCUUCACGACCAACCUCGUCGCGUGACAUCUCCAGCAGCUUGUCACAACGGCCCAGGUUAGGAUCUGGAGGAUCGUUUGGAAGCGGAUCCUCAAGGUCUCCAUCCAGGACGUCCUCCUUCAGAUUCACCCCGACGGAUGAUGCUGAACAGAUCAAAGCUACAGAGCGGGAGUUGAGCAAGUAUGCGGAGGUCGAGGAAGAGGAUUACGACGACGUUUUCGGUAUAGGCGAAGCAUUGAAAGGCAAUAUCGAUCCAGUCUCGACUGGCUCCGAGGUGUUCAAGCUUGGUACUCGGCGAUCUGAUCGAAGCUGGAUGGAAGGUCAAAUCGAUGACGACGAUUUUGAUCCUUUCGCUGACAUCGAAGACUCUUACUCAGUCAUGGAUGUGGAAGCUAACUUGUUGCGAGACAAGCAUUCAUCGCUGUGCGCUGCUGUUAGUGCUAUGAUAGAACGGCUGCAGGCUACGUCUGCCGAGGAAUCACUGCAGCAAGAUACUACCGACCUCCUCAACAUCAUGGAUGGCGCGCCGGCGCUUCAAGACCACUUCAUCAUGUCUCAUGGUAUGCUAGCGGUGUUGGAAGUUUUGGAGUCAGCUCCAAGUCGUGAAGUUAUCUUGAAUCUCUUACGAGUCGUGAACAUGAUGGUAGCAACCGAGCCCAGUGUGCUGGAGAACCUAUGUCUGAUCGGAGCGAUUCCUAUCCUCAAGACAUUCACUGGACGACGAUACUCACUCGAGACGCGUCUGGAAGCGGCAACGUUCGUUGGAGCUCUGACGGGCUCGGCUCUGACACUUCAAAUGUUCAUCUCAUGCCGUGGACUACGGGUACUAGUGGAGCUCCUGGAUGAAGAUUACUCUGCCAAUCGGGACUUGGUUUUGUCCGCUUUGCGUGGAGUAGCAUCGGUUUUCGAAUUGCAAACGCCGACCCCCAAGAACGAUUUCUGUCGUAUGUUCAUACGUGAAGGCAUCGUUGAACCUCUCGGAACGGUCUUAUUGCACAUUUUGAAGGACGAAACGGAUGACAUUGAGGGCUUCAAAGUCCAGAUCGUGGGGAUCGUCCUCAUGUUUUGUCAAACUGCUCAAGCGGACUCGCGAAUGCGGGAUGCGCUCGGUACGAGAAGCUUUAUCAAGCGACUGCUUCGUGCUUGCGGAUCUUUGACUUCGACGUGUCUUACGACCGUUGUAAAGGCCGUCAAACACCUCUCGACCAGUCCUUCUCUGCUGGACGUUCUGCAAAAUGCGGAUGCCAUCGCUGUUCUGAUCAAGGUCUUGGAUGAUCAUCUAGCGCGUGCUGGCACAAAUGAGAUCUGCUCGCACAUCUUCCAGACGCUCUUCAACCUUUGUCGCUUGAGCCGUACGCGGCAAGAAGAAGCAGCUAUCAACGGUAUCAUACCUAUACUGCAGCGGGCAUUGUCGCUCAAAUCGCCGUUGAAAGAGUUUGCUCUUCCAAUUCUUUGCGAUAUGGUCAAUGCUGGAAAGACGGCCCGGCGACAGUUGUGGAAAUACGGUGGGGUCCAAGUUUAUCUGGACCUGCUAUCGGAUGCGUACUGGAAGGUCGCAGCGCUCGAAGCCAUAGUUUUCUGGCUUCAAGACGAAACUGCCAGAGUCGAAGAUGAGCUCUCUCAAACAAGCGCACUGCACGUGCUCAAGAUGGCGUUCAUCAACGCCAGUGGAACGUCAUUCGAAGGAGUACUUGAGCCUUUCCUGCGUCUACUGAGAGCUUCACCUCCCUUGACUGUUGCUCUGGUUGGGGCGGACCUAUUCAAAAAGAUCAGCGAAGGCCUGACGAAGAAAGCGAAGGCGAUUACCAAGCUCAAUCUCCUGCGAAUCAUCAAGGUGGCAUGUGAUCAUCAUCCGCAACACCAAGAUUUGAUCGCACAGUUUGGGAUGUCGCCUAUCGUCCGGGAAUUGGGUCGGCAGGACGAAGCGGUGUUGGUCAGACAGCUCGCCAAGGAGAUCGCUCCCGCUCUAAUCAGCGACUCGAGGACGCCGCCGGGUUCUGUCAGGGAGCAUACGCCUCGACCCCCGGCACCCAGACGUGCAGUAUCAGCACUCGCUCCCAAGCCAGAGCGAUCUGACCAUCAAAAACAUAAACGCAAGAUUUCGCGAAAUCACCUCAGCAACAUCCAUUGGACCGAACAAGACGGCAAGAUUACACCAGUGCUCAACAGGAGCGCUCGUGAUACGAGAAACGAGGAACAUCAUCGCAGGACGACGAGCAAGUCAAGCACGACAAACGACACCAACGAAAUUACGGGACACGGGCAAACCCGACGAUGACAAUCUCACGACAUCAGACGGAAGGAAUGACUUGACGAACGGACUAGAC